UUGCAAGUUUGCUUCCAAUUGAAACAAAUUGAUACCCAAAAAAAAGCGUAACAUUACAUCUUCAAGCAACCAAAUAAUCCUGACUUCUUCAAGUACUCCUCUUAUACAGAUAAUUAAGCAAGCAAGACAGACAAGUUAAAGAGUGAUAGAGAGGAGGGAUAUAGAGUUACCAUGGAAGAUUUGGUGAUGGAAAAUCUUUUCAAUGGUGACAAAGAAUCGCAGAUUCGGGCUGCGACUGAACUUGGCAGACUCAAGAGUAAACAGAGGCAGUAUUUGGCUGACAGAGGAGUCAUUGUUCCUUUAGUGUCCAUGCUUCAAUCACAGGACUAUGAAGCCAUUGAAGCUGCUCUCUUUGCACUGCUCAGCCUUGCCUGUGGCAGUGAACGAAACAAGAGACGUAUCGUAAAAUCCGGGGUUAUACCGAUGCUUUUACAAUUGCUUCAGAGCCAAAACCCGCUGCUGAUUGAGCACACAUUAGCUGCUAUGUUGAUUCUCUCUGCUUGCAGCGCGAACAAGCUAGUGAUCGCGUCUUCUGGAGCUGUACAAGUACUAAUUGAAACUCUCGGCGGAGAUUAUGCCAAUGACAGUAACAUGAACAACAUUAGCAUUCAAGCUAAGCUUGAUGCAAUAGCCACACUACACAAUCUCUCCACUUGCCAUCAGAUCGUUCCAUUAAUCGUUUCUUCAGGCGUAGUAUUUCCAUUGCUUCACCUAAUCCAGGGCAAUGAGAAAUCAUCAGAGAUGGUGGAGAAGGCGAUUAUGCUGCUCGAAAACGUAAUUUCUUUAUCAGAGAAUGCACUUCAGGAAACUGCUUCUACCGGUGGAGCAAUUCGAGCAUUGGUGGAGGCAAUUGAAGAUGGUUCUCCACAAUGCAAAGAACAUUCAGCAGAGAUCCUCCUGCUCAUAUGCCAAAUUUGCAGAGAGACGUACAGAGGAUUGAUUUUGAGGGAAGGAGUGAUGCCUGGGCUGCUUCAGUUAAGUGUGGAUGGAACUUGGAAGGCAAAGGAGAUUGCUCAGAAUUUGUUGCUUUUACUAAGAGAUGGCUCGAGCUAUUGUUCAAGAAGUAAUCAAUCAAAGCAUGAGCUUAUAGAGCAGGUCAUGCAAGAAAUUGAUGCACAAGGUGAUGGCACAACACUGAGGCUCGUUGAGGAUAUGAUUGCAAAGCUCAGUACAUAACCCAUAGAUAGAAUUGUACACAAGUUUUGUCCACGAAACAGACUUUUAGCCAGUGAUUUAUUGUGGGGAAUAUGUUACUUGGUGUGCAUAACAAUUAACAUUGGGUUUGGGCUUACCUAAUUGAAGAGUGACAUGGUGAUUUUUUAGCAUCACAUCAAAUGCAAGAAUAAACCGCAUGAAGUUGACUCUGUACGAGAGAUCGUAAGUUCAACUUCAACGCCUCAACAAUUUCACAACAUUAUUUCCUUGCAUUGGCCAAAAGCCAAUGGGAGGCUUUGUGAAGUUAAUUCUCUUGCCCGGCUGUCCCGUAGACAUGCCUCAACAAUUUCACAACAUUAUUUCCUUGCAUUGGCCAAAAGCCAAUGGGAGGCUUUGUGAAGUUAACUCCCUUGCCCGGCUGUCCCGUAGACAUGUUAUGCUUAGAAAUUCUCGAUUACGAAAAAAAGUCAAUGAAUCAUGAAUGACCCAGAUAAAUUGAUGAGUUGGGAAAGACCAAAAAAAAAACCCAAGAUCAAGCAAGUAGUUGUUUAUGCAUGACUGUAACAUAUCCCACCAUCUAAUGAUCGGCAAGAAACCAGUAACAGAGACUGCUGACAAAGUGAAUCAGAUGGACUCAUUUUGGGACAUAUUCAGCCCUGAAGCAAUUGAACUACUGCUAGAUUUGUGCCAUAAAAAAAAUUUGUACUGCUAGAGGGGCAGACGUUUAGUCCCCAAUAGAGACUAAACAAACAGAAGAUAUAAACAUAUAUCAGAUUCGAAAUACACAUCACACAAGCAGAUCAAGUGUCACAUAAAUAGGAGAAUGCACGAGAACAAUCCAGCUAUUAACAGACUAAAGACAAAAACAUUCAAGCAAGUAGUUGUAAGCAAUUGUUGACAAAUUAGCCAAAAAAAAAAAAAGAGGAAAGAACUUACAGCAUGACAAAAUUGCAACUGCUAAUAACAUAGUGCAUAAUUGUAAUCAGUAAUCAUGCAAGUUUUUCUACUUCACGCUGCGGUCUUUACUGAUGCUCAAGUUCCAAGUCCAGCAUACCAACAUACUCCCAAAACCAAAUACCAUAAAUCAUAGCAGUGAGGAUCCAAGAUCAGUUGUCAUAGAAACUAACACAAAUUUUGUAUCAACUGGGAUGAGCUGUCGUAUAAUAUGCAGUCCAAACAGGAGAGAACAUCUAAUCAUUGAAAAAAUAAUAAUAAUUACCUGAUACCAAUACUCUAUGGUUCAGUGAAAGGGCUCCACCCGGGGAGAGACCUCGCAUCGUAAUUAUUCCAGCAAACAGGAGGGUCAGGUUUGAACCUGAUACCUUAUUAAACAAAGAUACUCGUAUAACAUUCUAGUAAAACUUCACUAUAAAGAUGAACCAUUCACCAAGAAAAUAUGGAAAUAUUGAAACCUCACUAAAUUCUUCCACAAAAACCAACGGGGGGAAAUGGGCUUAAUACUGUCAAUCCUGCUUACUUGGUAAUCCUCCCCAUCCUAAAAACAUAUACGUAUUAUCCUCCUGAAGAAAUAAGCUGUUUAGAGGAUUAUUUUCUUCCAUGCUAUAGUAACUGCCUACAAAAAACGAAGGCAUGCAUAAAGCU